AGUUGUGUUUAAAAGCUUAAUAAAGUUAGAAACGGCCUUAAAGUCUUUAGCUUCGUCGUAAAGCUUUUACAUGCAUAAAAGAUUACAAACUUCAAGGCCAGAAAAUUUAUUGAUGAGAAAUGUUUAGAAAGAUUGUAUAAUUAAUAAAUAAACCGAACGAGCACUCCAGGAGAAAGGAUUGAUGAGAAAAAGAUCGAAACCAUUUUCGCGGCUAUAGAAAUAAAAAAAGUUUUAGAAAGAUGCCGAGUGAAAAUGCUAUUGAGCUAUUUAACUGUUCGUUGUGUUCGUUUUGCGAAACCAGUUUGGACCGUUUAGCAAGUCACAUACGACAGCAUAUAAAACCUGACCCAGGCGAUACAUCGUCAAAGGACGCAAUGGUAACGCCGCGCGAAUACCCAACUGGACACAGUAACGCUUAUAUGUCGCAGGAGUCAGCAAGUUCUAAUACCAACGGCACUACGAGCAGUAUGAGUUAUUUUAAUCGAAGUAAUAGCGAGCAGGUGAUCAAACAAGCUGGAAACAUUAGUAAACCUAAUUACGAUUUUAUGUCAUCGAAAAUAGAAAUUGUCAACCCAAGGUCCCUAGAAUGUGAGAAAGGUACUGCCAAGGGAUCUUAUAUACCUCCGCCGCCUCCAUUGAUUGAAAAAUCGCCUCAAUUGGUGCCAUAUUCUAGAGUUUAUACCUCCCAAAUAAAUCAGAGAUUCAGCAACACUAUUGUUCAGCAGCAUAGUCCUCUAAAAAACGCAGCACCAGUUACCAGAUACAUACCUGUACAUCCACGUGAACCAAUAUAUCAUGACGCCAACCGUGGUUACAACAACACCCAUUAUGUGUCUAACAUGAACGGACAAGCAACAUAUAUGACCGAGUUCGUUCCCAUUGCACCUGCAAACGUUAAAAACACGUACGAUUUGGACAAGAUCCCUGUGGAUGGACAUCCUAGCAGUUCUUUGGAAACAUUUCGACCAGGUAUUCCUGUUAACAAUGGAAUGCAGAAAGGGGUAAAUGUUUCUUUUGUGUCACCAACUGAUCCAAGAAAUGGUAACCCUGAUAUACGUCAUCGGCAACAUUAUGACAUGAUGCCGCAUUACACGUAUCCGGUUCGUAUAGCAAAACCGCCAGAUGAUGGCACUCGAGUCCACAAUGCAGCAUCUCAACAUAUUCGACCAGUCCAACAGCAACCAAUGAAGAACAGUGGACAGAGACCAACAACGACAUAUCAAAUUCAGAACCAUGGCCCUCCCCAAAUGCAGGAGCUACGUCAUUCACAUGGUACAUCAGUUCAAGCUCAUUUGGCAAGUAUACAAUAUUCUGAAUUGAAACAGCAAAAAACAACAAAUACUUUUGGAGUUCCUAAUAAAGGCACUGUCAUUUUAAAUCCAGAUCAAUUGUUGUCUGCUACUGGCAAUGUUUCAUUGGAUCAACUAGCUGGAUUGCUAAUCGUUCCUUUAAAGAAAACUGCAGAAAUUUCAACUCAAACUGAUCCGGUAGAUAUUAUUACCAAAAAUUUAACCAAGCAGAAUAUCAAUAGUACUUCUGUUCAGACUGAUCUAAAAAUGGGACAGAUUAGUGAAGAUACAAGUACAAGAGCCUCCACACCCUUAUUUGGAAAUUAUCGUUCUACUGAUGCUUUGUUUGAAUGUCUCGUUUGUGGUGAGGAGUUAGCCUCUGAUCAUCAUCUUCAGGAGCACAUAUCAGAAAAUCACACACACGUAUGCGAGAAAUGUUACCAUUCAUCCACCAGCUUGACUGAACACAACACGCACGUGCUUAACUGCGGAAAUUUAAACGCCGAAAUGUUAUGCCUGGAAUGUAACAGCUCCUUCACGUCACUUAAAAAGUUCAAUCAACACAGAAGUAAAGUUCAUAACGUUAGAAUGCCGUUCCGAUGUGGUAUUUGUAACGUGCCGUUUGAAACGCAUGACGCCGUAAUGAAACACAUGGCUACGCAUGAUACUGACCAGCCCGAGUUUAAAUGCCGCCAUUGUAUUAAAGUUUUUCAGUCGCCAGAUGCUCUGAGUAGACAUUUCGCCAGACACAAAAUGGUUGACGUGGUUCAUGAAUGUCGUUUUUGUAAAAAGUCAUUUAAUAAAGACUCUUUAUUGCAAGAUCACAUCGCUUAUGUGCAUGUUAUCACCGAACCCAAAAACAGUGUCUAUUCGGAAAUACAAUUCGCGCAAACGAAUGCUGCUGGGUCAGUUGAAGCUAGAAAUGAUGAAAAUACGAAGAUUGUUAGAAAGCAUCCUUUGUGUCGGCAUUGUGAUUUAGCUUUCAAAAACAAGGACCUACUUAGUCGUCAUAUUGAAGUUUGUUCUAAAAACAAAGAUGCAAAAAUCUCAGCCUUUAUAUGUGAUGUGUGCAAAGAAUACUUCGCAUCCGACAUUUUGCGGCGACAGCAUUUGAAACAAGACCAUCGACGCACAAACGGAUAUCGCUGUCCAAAAUGCUCCAAAAUAUAUCGAACAUGGAGCAGAUUGAAGUUUCAUACCAAACAGCAACACCUGAAGAAGUCUUGUCCCGAUUGUGAAAUGGUGUUUACCAAAGAGCAUGUGCUUCGCAAACAUCAAGAAGACGUGCAUGGUAAACCACAAGGGCAACCAGGAGAACGCGUUUACACUUGCAGUUUGUGCAACACAAUGCUCAAUACCUUGACCGAGCUUAUGAAUCAUCGACGCGAUGUCCACCCUGAGUUAUCGCAAUUAAAAACUGCGGAUCAGUUAUCCUCCGCUACCAUGCUGAGUGUAAUUAACAACAAUGACAACGGCUCUGUUGACGACACGGAGUUAUCGGUUAGUAAAUGUCCUGAUUGUAGCGAAAUAUUCACUUCAAAUAAAUUAUUGUCAGAUCACGUCAAAGAAAAACACGCCAAUAGCAAUAAAAGUAAAUUCAUAUGUAGCACAUGCGAGUUAUCUUUUGAUGACGAGAAACGUUUGAAAAAUCAUCGUGGUUUAAUACACGGUGAAAAACCAUUCGACUGUUCCUUUUGCGAUAAAAAGUUCCAAUACUCCAGCCAAGUGAUAUGGCACAUGCGCUGUCAUCAAAAAGAUGGGAACGCUCGUGUAAAAACAUCGAGCUCGGUGUGGAAGAUUAAAAAUAGCAAGUAUUCUGUCUCUGGAAAACCUAAGUCUUAUAUUUGCCAGUUUUGCGGGGCUAAAUUUAAACAGGAAAAGCUACUGAAAAACCACAAAGGGGCUGUCCACAAGAUCAAACUCUUUUCAUGCGAUAUAUGCAAAAUAAAGUUUGGGCAUUCGACAGAGCUUAUUUGGCAUGUUCGCACAUGUCGCGCAAAAUUUAGACGUCUUAACCCAGGUGUCGAUUUACCUCUCAGUGCGAAGACAAAGGAUAGCGCCGCCUCAGAAGAGAAUCGAGUAGACAGUCCAAUGGAAGAUGUUUCGUCUAACGAUGACGAAACAGUACUGGAUCCGAAGUCCAACUUACUACACGACCGUGUCUCAAUGACACGGUUAAAAAGUCCGGACUCAUCACGUUUUCAACUAAGUAACCAUGAAGCACUUGAAUUACUUAAAAAUGAACCGGAGUUUGAACCGAAUAUUGGGGAGUAUUCCUGUCCUAUAUGUCAGAAAUCAACAAAGUCGAUUACUGGUAUGAAAACGCACUACGGCCGUUGUCAUGGCGUCUGGGGAAAAGAAUCAUCUCAUAAAAAUGAUGAAAGCAAUGAAGUUGCAAUAUUCCCUUGCAAAUAUUGUGAUCAAGAAUAUCAAAACUUUGACGAGUUAUGCUCUCAUACAGCUGUAGAGCAUGGUAUUAACAUCACAAUUGACGAUGUCGACGUGGAGACGCGUCAGGAAUUCUUCAAAAAUGACGUCGAAAUCACCGUCUAUGUUUACACCUGCCCUCAUUGUGACGUUUCGUUUGACAACACAAAAGCAAUAAGAGUUCACGCUUUUAAGAAGCACGGUAUACUGUUAAAUGAUAAGGAGUUGAAUGAAUGGAAAUCGUCACCUGGUAACCAAGGGACGGGUGCACCUGGGAGCCGACAAGGAGAUGAACUACGCUACAAAUGUCAACGAUGCAAAGCGAAGUUUAGAACGACGAAAGCUAUUCGUAUUCACACUUUCAAAAGACACGGUUUUAUUUUAUCAAAGAAAGAAUUAGCUCGUUCUAAAUCGUGGGUAUCUAACUCUAGUUUAAACUCACCGGUAAAUCGUAACAAGGGCAAGGAUUUAAUAGAAGAACCAAAUCCAUGUGACAAGUGCGGACGUGUAUUCGGAAAUUAUCGAGCACUAUUUACGCACUACAGACAGGCGCAUCGAAUUACGAACGAGACAUUCGUUCCAAGAAAACCAUCACGUACCGAGCUCACUGCAAACUUUUCAUCAGUAGAAAAGAACGAAGAGGUAAAGAAUGAUCAUACACCUGGAGUAAAUAGUCCGACAGGUGCUACUGCCGAUUCCAUUGAUUGCCCGAAAUGUGAUCGCUCCUUCACCCAACAUAAGUCACUCGUUGCACAUUUAUAUUCUGCGCACAAGAUAUCAAAAGACCAGUACUCCGAUUUCUGGCCUAAUGGAGUUCCUAUACUCCCUCGUGUAAGUUCCACUUGUCCAACAUGCAACAAGGAAUGUGUAGAUGGUCGUGCUAUGCGGAUACAUAUGUUUAAAGCACAUGGAACGCAUUAUCGUGAUCUUGAAAAAUCAUUAACUGAAGUAAGCGAGCCAUACGAUGCAAACGAAAACCGAGGCGCAGAUCCAGUUGAUGAAAACGAACUGAGUGUAGUUGAUGACGUUAAAGGACCUCCAGUGUGUUUCAUAUGCGACAAACAUUUUAAAGGUCGUCGAGCCCUGAUGACGCACGAGUUUAAAUUUCAUGGUAUUCGGUGGGUUGGACGAAAACGAAUAUUCCCACAACAUGUUCGAAACUUGCCUGUUGUAAAUAAACGUCAGUCUUCAACGAAAAGAAUAUUUGCAGAGAGCAGCACGAUAGCUAAAGAGGAGAACGUCUCUGAUGAUUCAACGUCAAAACCUAGUAAUGGAUUCGUUUGUCCAGAAUGCGAUGCACGUUAUCAUAAUCGGCGUGCUAUGACAACUCACUUGUGUCGUAUCCACAGAUAUAAAAAGGAAGGGAUUCAUGAGUAUUUUCGUAUUAAACCCGCUGAUGACGAUAGCGAUGCAACUAAUACAGCUGAUUUGGCACCAGACGACAUGUCGGAUAAUUUAGUGAUCGUUGAAACGUCGGAUAAUGAUGAAGCACCGCAAAUUUCAAAUACUCACUCAAUACCUGAAGAAACAAGCACGGAGAACGUUUCUACUCCAAAAGACGUCAGCGACAAACUUGAUGAAAUGAAAUCAGAUCUAACAGUUGCUAUUUUAUAGAAAGCUUUGAGUCUGUUUUGAUUAUGUUCAUUUUUUUAACAUGUAAAUGUUUUUUGGCCAUUUGGCCAGAUCAGUUAUUUUCGAUAAAAAAUUUGUCACAGCAAUGUUUUUCAGAAGUGACUUUACAUUUACUGGCUGUCCAUCAGAGAUAAAAAAGCUUCUUUUAGUGUUGUUAAGUCUUAUUCUACUCCUUACCAUCUAAUGUGAAACCUAUUAAAUCUCUAGGUAAUUUACCAUAAUUAAAGGCUAUUAAUUUAUUGUUUGCAAUUACGCAGCUUUUGAAAGUGGUCUCUACUUUAGUUGCAUUGGUCAGUCACACGAAAACAAAAUGUUUGUUUUCGAUAUUUUGUUUAUUACAGCUAUUUUUGCUUGUGUUAAUGGUAAUAUUGUCUGCAGUGAUCACGUGGUAUGCAACAAAAUUACCCAUUUGAGAGAAAAACGAUGUUGUGUUGACUGUGUGGUGCACGUCUCUCUUAAUUGUUAUUCCACUUGAAAACGUCUUAAGGGUAGAUGUUUUAUCGUCCACCUAUUCAACAACAACUAUUGGGCAAUAUAUUUACUAAUAAUGUUACUUAAUACUGUACAGUUGUAUUUUUUACAUAUUUUUCUUUUUAUUUACAUAUUUUUACUGCGUUUGUGGUGUUGAUUAUAUGCUAGUUACAUUUUUUUCAAAUUUUAAUAAAAAAUUAUAAAAAGGUA